AUGCCGGCCUCAGGGUCGCAUAGUCGCGUACAGCCUGAUGAGGAGUACCACACGUGCAACACCUCAAGGCUCCACAGGCUUGCGGCGAAAAAGACUUCCCCUCCGUCGUCUGGAUCACUGGAGCGGAAGAGGGCGAUGCAGAUCACGGACCGCUCCACGGCGCAACAGAAGUGCAUCGAAGCAACUAUCUUACAAGAGAGGAGAGCCAGUACCGCAUCAGCAUACGGUCCAGGCGAACUCAACCCCGAGCCUGCUCCAUUCGAGGGAGCUCUCGAGCAGAAGAGAAUAGGGAGAGGAGAAGGCAACCAAAGGCUAAGGAACGGUCAGAACUCAGAAGGUGGGCGGUGCUGUUUGGAAGGAAUUAAUGAGGUGAGGGAGGCAGUGCAGCACCCUGUCUCCGACCUGUCUCUUUCCUUGGACUUCCUUGCUUUCCCCUUCCGCUCUUCCACCUUCACCUGCCUCACGCAGCUGCUGGGGGGUUCGGACUUCCGGGUUCUUGUCGUCGCCGUCGCCGGCUCGCCGCAGCCGCUGCCGCAGAUCCAAAGAGAUAAAAUCAUGGCUUCUGAUACCAACAACCGUGUGCUGCACAUCAGAAGACUAGUGCGUUCCUCUAUCAGACUUGUGUAUCAUUGUGCUUGCGACCAUCCUGAAGCACUCGGUGCCGCAAUUGUGUUGCUGCUUCUACAUGGACUGUGUCCUACUCUGUUCGCAUUCAUGCUGUCUUCCUCUCCGGUCAUUAUGUUAACCGCUCUUCUUCUCGGAGCACUAUUGAGUUAUGGUGAAGCCAAUGUACCCUUGGAUGGAGAUGAGACACUGGAGGAGCAUGGAUUUCUCCCCAUUAAAUCCAACAUUUAUAUUAGUGACCGUUUAAUCAGAGAGGUUCAGAAUGUUGCUGUCAAGGCACAAUUAAAGAAGGGAACUGAGCCUGACAGUUGUGAAGUAUAUAUCAGGGAUAGAGCUUCUGAUGAAGAUUUUACAUGUGACGCUCCGUGUGAAGAAAAAAAUGCCGCACACAUUGCCUCUGAUGCUACUGUUUUUAGUGGAGAUGAAUUUAUUGAGGAGAAGAGAACUCCCAAUGAUGAUUUGCAAGGUACUUGCUGUGAAGAGAAAAAUGUCACAUUUGUGUCAGAUUAUACCGUUCUAAGUGCAGAGCCUUUUAACCACACCAAAAUCGAUGCCACUGCAGAGUGCGAAGAGCUCACUAAGGAAAUCGACGAGAAGGCUGAGCUGCAGGAGCUGGAAAGCACCUGUACUGGAAGUUCUAACGAUGGAGUACACGGCCAGUAUCAGUUUGGUGAAUUCAUGAGAUCAUGUUGGCAACCUGUCAUGAGACAGGAUCCUCCUUGUUAUGACUCUGAAUCUGACCUGACUGAUGAGAGCUCUUCUGCUGACGCGUCCAUGACCGACAUUAUCCCAAUACUUGAGGAGCUGCACUCAAUGAUAAACUCAGGGACUGGUCAGCUUUCCUUGGCCUCCAGAGACACCUUGAAUUCCACAUCCGAUGAUAGUGAAGAUGACCUUGGGGAGGAGGAGGAGGAGGAGGAGGAUGUUAGCUCAGGUGACGAGGAAGGAGCAGAAUGGGAGCAAGAUAACCAAAAUAAUUGGAAAGAUGUUGUUCAUCUAAAUUGUGUGGAUAUGGAGCAAACUAGUCAGUUGGAGAACCUGGCGGACCUUCAAAGAGCAAAAAACAUUCUGAAGUUUGAGCUUGACAUGAGGUCAUUUGACCUGCAAGCUGCUGAUACAACUAGGAAAAUGAAGGGUGCAUCAAGCUUCCAUGUUCAGGUCCCUUCCAUUUCCACACCAAGACAUAACCCAUUCGAUCUUUCAAGAGAUUCAGAGGAAACUAUAGAUUUACCACAGUUUCCCGGUUCAGCACCAUCCCUUUACCGUCCAGGGCGAAACCUAUUUGACCUUCCGUUCGACCGAGCCAUGCACCAUCGCAGUCGAUUGCAGGAAAGUUGGACUCCUCGCUCGCGCUUUCGAUCAGCGCAAAAUAUGAAGCACAUGAGCUCUCAUGGACAAACUCACUCCACUUGUCUGCAACAUCACAAUGGUGUCAAACUGGACAAUGGUGAAGUGUGGGAUAAUCACUCGGACCACGAUGUUGCGCAAGAAGGGAACAAUGGCAAGUUAUUUGGUUCACUGGAAGCACAUUUAGGUGAAGAGAUGAAAAUACCAAGCGCCGCAAUUUCAGAUGUGGGUGUGUUAGGUGAGGUAAACCAUGAAACAAAUGAAGGCAACAAAACUACUAGUGUCAGAGAUGAAACGAGUUCUUUACCACAAGUAAAUAUUUCUGAGCCACAUGUUGUGGAAACAGACUCCAUGAGUGAAGUAAACUCUCUGUUCAAGAGCCGUAUGCAGGAGGUGCUGGUGCAGUCCAUUUCAGAGCGCAGUGUCUGUCAGCCCUUGGAAGUUAAACCUGAAAACAUACCAAGUGUCUCGUUAUCUUCAGACUUAUGGAUGCAUGUCGACGAAGCAAUUUCAGUUCAGGAAUUACAGUUUGCACGACUCGAUGGGGAAGCACUGUCCUACGCUGUUUCUGACCUCGAUUGUCACAGCGGGUCAAUUCGAGACAAAUCGAAGGAAGCAUCACCUGUGGUAGACGAGCUGAGUUCGGAGCUGCCAAUUGAGUUAGAUGUGUCUACAGAGGUGUCAACUGCAGGAAAUCCGCAGACCGCAGAUACUUUUGAACGAAAUGAGCUUCCUGUCCUAGAAGCAAGCUCAGUCGAGGAGAUGAACUCGUUGUUCAAGCAACUCGAAGAAGAGGUGCUGUUAGGCAAUGGUCGUAGCAAAAUCAACAUCCCUCAACAUAGAUUACAUGAAUUGGAAGUGGACAAUGUGGAUCUUAACUCUGGAUCACGGGUAAUUUAUCCUGGAACUACGGAUGAUGCAUCUGACUGUCAUCUGACAGUGGUUUAAACGCUACUGAGCUUAAAAAGGUCGGCUGAACAGGCUGAAGUUACGGAUGUUACAGUGCAGCCAACUGAAGGUGCUUCAAUCAACUACUACUAGUACUUGGCUUCAUUUUUUCUGAGAGCUUUCAAAAAGCUUUGAUUAGAGACACUACACUG